AUGCUGCUCGCCGCAAUUGUGGUGAUAGUAUUAGUGUACGCGGCAUUUCGCUGCUACAGUUACAUCACCGAGUUGUUGCGCAUGAAAACGAUGGCUAAUAUGAUUCCAGGUGCUCUCAGCGACGAUGGUUUCCUGGGGGCGGCAAAGGAUUGGGCCGGAAUGGACAGUGCUCAAAUCCUCGACUGGGAGCUACAAAAAGCGGACGAGCUACGUGAGAGGGGUCAUAAUUACCUGCGCAUCAACUUCGCGCACGAGGUUUUCGUGGUGCCACUAUGCGGAGAGGCCAUUAAGCCAAUCCUCGAGUCAAAAGAAGAAAUCACGAAAGGCCUUGGCUAUCAAUACAUCACCGAAUGGCUUGGGUUGGGCCUGUUGAUUGCCACCGGCCAAAAAUGGCAAACCCGUCGUCGCCUUAUCACGCCGACUUUCCAUUUCCGACAUUUGGAGACGUACGUGAAGACGUUUAACCAUCACGCCAAGAUCUUUGUUGACGUGCUGGCCGACCUGAAAAGCCAGGAAUUCGACGCGCUACCGUAUAUCAGCCGCUGUGGACUGGAUAUAAUUUGCGAUACGGCAAUGGGAGCUACGGUCGACGUUCAACAUAACCCGAGCCACCCCUUCUGUCUGGCCGUCCGGAAUAUGUUGUGGCUGAAUACGGAAUACGCGCUGAAGGCCCAGAACUGGUUCUACCCAUACUACUGGUGGACCGGAAAGGCACAGCUCUACAAGGAUUCCCUCAACGUUCUCCACACGUUUACGAGAAAGGUAAUCGCCGAGCGAAAGGAAAAACGGGCUCAUGGCGAGAAAACAACUGGAAAGGAGACCAAUUUUUUGGAUAUGCUCUUUGAGUCCUACGAUGAUGGUCAAAUCGAUGAUGAGGGACUUCGGGAGGAGGUGGAUACGUUCAUGUUUGAAGGCCACGACACCACCUCAACCGGCGUCUCCUGGGCGGUCUGGUGUCUGGCACAUCACCAAGAUGUUCAACAAAAGCUGUACGACGAAAUCAUCGACGUCCUAGGCUACGACGACGAUGAGGUGACUACAGAACAGUUGAAGCAGAUGACCUAUUUGGACCAGGUCGUAAAAGAGACGUUCCGCCUAUACGCCCCAGUACCCCAAGUGAACCGACGGAUGCAGGCCGAUUUUCAGCUAGGCGAGUAUACGGUACCUAAAGGCGCCAUCGUCACCAUCGCUCCCAUAAUUUUGGCACGGAAUAAGAAGGUAUGGGGCGACGAUGUACUUUCCUUCGACCCCGAGCGAUUCUCAGAAACUCGAGAAUCCAAGUACCACCCCUUCGAUUAUAUUCCGUUCUCGGCCGGACCCAGGAAUUGUAUUGGCCAACGAUUUGCCCUCCUCGAAGCCAAGGUGCUGAUCUGCCACACUGUCAGAGCCUUUUCCCUCUCAUCCACCCGUCCAUUUGAAUCGUUGCGAACUGGCUCCGAGGCAGUACUAAAGUCGAUGGACGGAAUACCGGUCAUCGCGACGAGGAGAAGCCAUUGGGAAACGUUUGUAUCAGCU